GCGCGGCUGCCGCGGGCCGGGCGGGCGGAGGGAGGCAGCGGACCCGGGAUGCGGCGGAGCUGACCGCGGGGGGGGGGCCCCGGGCCAUGGCCUACCUGGGGGGGCCCCGGCUGCUGGACUGGGCCAGCUCCCCCCCCCACCUGCAGUUCAACCGCUUCGUGCUGACGGGCUACCGGCCGGCGAGCUCGGGCUCGGGCUGCCUGCGGAGCCUCUUCUACCUGCACAACGAGCUGGGCAACAUCUACACCCACGGCAUCCCCCUGUUGGGCUUCGUCUUCCUGCUGCCCCUGUCCAUCCCAUGGGCGCGGAUCUCAGUGGGCUGGCUGGCCAUGGUGCACUACCUGGCCUGCGUGGUGCCCCAGCUGGGCAGUGUGCUCUACCAUCUCUUCAUGAACCACGAGGGGGGGCCGGCCGUCUACCACACCCUGCUGACUCUCGACAUGUGCGGGGUCUGCAUGGUCAACACGCUGGGUGCCCUUCCCAUCAUCUACUGCACCCUUGCCUGCUCCCCGCUUCCCCGCACCGCCGCCCUGCUGGCCUACACGGCGCUGUCCAGCUACGCCAUCAUCUGCGCGGUGACGGCCCACUCCAACGUGCGGCGCCUACGCUCCUUCGCCUGGCAGGCCCUCUUCCGCUUCUUCUUCUUCUACCUGCGCUGGGUGGGUCUGGGCACGGGCCACCCCUCCUCGCUGCGCUCGUACCUCAUCAUGGACGGCCUGGCCCUGCUGGGGGGCGUCAUCAACAUCUCCCGCGUGCCUGAGCGCUGGCAACCCGGCCGCUUCGACUACUGGUUCAACAGCCACCAGAUCAUGCAUGUGCUGGUAGUGGUCAGCAUCCUCUACCUCCACUGGGGGGUGGUGGCCGACUUGCUGUGGGUCACCAGCUAUGCCUGCCCCCAGGACUGACCAGGCCCGCCAGCCAGCGGGGGAUGGUGUGGUCUUGUGGCUGCACCCCUCCAGGUCACCGCACGAUGAAUUCCCGUUGGCCAAGGGGUCUUCUGGAUGCACUCCCAUUUGCUGCGGUGUCUUCUGGGUGGCAAGUGAUGGAUUCUCAUUGGCCAAGAUGUCGUCUUGAUCCAUUUCUGUUGGCCAAGAAUGGAUUCCCAUUGGCAAAGGCAUCCUCUAGAGUCACUCCUGUUGGGCAACAAUGGAUUCCCCUUGGCCAAGGCACCUUCUAUAGUCCUUUUGGCCAAGAGGUCUUCUGGAUGGCCAUUGAUGGAUUUCUGGUGGUUUUGGGGACUUCUGGAUCAACUCCCAUUGGCUAAGGGGUCUUCUGAAUCGCCAGAGCAGGGCUCCCACUGGCUGAGAGUCAUUGUGGAUCACCAGGGUUGUAUUUCCAUGGUUGAGGGCUCUUCUCUGUUGCCAGGAAUGCAUUUCCAUUGGCUAGACUCCGGAUAGACUCCCUUUGGCUGAUGAGGAUUCUUCUGGGUCACUAGCCACAGACUCCCAUUAACAAAGCUCCAGCCAGAUGCCUGCUGUCCAUGGGUCAUUCCGGACCACUAGGGAUGGAUUUCUAUUGGCUGCGGUCCUUUGGAUCCUUCUGGAUCACCAGCAGUGCUCAUCCAUAGGGACUGGGGCAGGGUGAGGGACUGCGACGGGGCAUUAUUUUUAGGAGAUAGGGGGUGGAGCAGCCCCUCUCCCGCUUUAGACCUUUUAUCCAGGUGUCCUACAGACUUUCAGACACCAUGCAAUACUUUCUACUUUUUAAAGGGCUGACGAGGUGCCUGGAUGCUGGGGUUUGCACUGACUAGGGAUAGGGGGAGGCAGCUCAGGAGAAGCUGUCUGUUAGGUGGGAGAUAAGAGGAAGGUAUCAAUGUCUUAGUUGACUCCCAACACUAAUGAGCUGGCCUGGGAAGGAGGCAGUGGAAUCUAGGAGCUACAGCAGGACUCCUGGGUUCUCCCCUCAGUUGUUGCCAGCAUCCUUGAGCCAAGUGGCUUCAGCUGCUUGUGCCUCAGUUUCCUGUUGCUCCCUGCUGUGAGAGUGAGGUGGGGGGUGUUUCCUGUUACUGAGCCCUGGUCUGCACGCUCUCCCCCUGCAGAGGGAGGAACAGGUAUUCCCCUUUCUGCAGCAGUCAUGGCUCCUGAUGCAGUAACAGCCAGUGGGGGACUGUGUCCCCAUCAGCCUGUUUUUAUACUACACAUCCCAUCUGCUGCUAACCCCAUGGUGCUCAGUGGGAGCCCCAGGCAUUAAGAGCAUCAGGGCUCCCCUUCCACCCUCUGCUGGCAUUGGGGUGUGCCUACCGUUCCCCUUCCCCUUACGUAACUUAGGGCCACUAAACAUAGAGGCAGCUCUGGGUCAUUGUUUUCCAAUCCCUGUUCACUGGGCCCUGGAUAGCUAAUCUGGAUCCUGAGCAGGGAGGUGUGUGUGUGAAUGGAGCUAAUCUGGAUUCAGAAGCCACAGGUGUGGAAGUAGCUAAACUGGUUCUCAGUCUGGAUUCUAGUUGGCCACAUGCAUACAUAACUAAACUCAUUCUCAGUCUAGAUUCCUGUCCAGAGGCUGGGUGUGAAUGUAGCUAAAAUUGUUCUUAAUCUGGAUUCUAAUUGCCCAAGUGUGAAUGAAGUUACACUGGUUCUCAAUUUGGAUUCCAGUUGGCCAUGUGUAAUGUAGCUAAACUCAUUUUCAGUCCUGAUUCCAGUCAUGAGGCUGCAUGUGUGAAUAUAGCUAAACGGUUUCUCAAUUGGGAUUCCAGGGGGGAGGCCAUGUGUCAAUAUAGCUAAACUGAAUUUUUAAUCCAGAUUCUAAGAUGGUUUUGCCAGGAAAUGUAUAUGGGGCCAAGCUGGUUCUGAAGGUGGAGGCCAAUGUACAUAAGCAGUUCUUAAAUUCCAUCUUGUUCUCUGAUUGUUUUGCUCAGUGUAAAUGGGGCCCUCUCAACCUCAUUCCUGGUGGGCAGCUACACUGGUUUAGAAACCAGUUCAGUAUUAGAAAUUUGCUUUGAAAUGCCAUGUAGACAAACUUAAGGAAGCAGUACAAAGGGUAUUAGAGGUCAAAGAGGACCAUGGGUGGACAAAAUGGGCAAUUGAGACAGCUGUGCUGUACCAAGACAAGGAGUCAAGCAUCAAAGGGUAACCAGCCACAUAGCACGAUGUGGAUUACAGCAGGGAGAGACGGAAGCUAGGACUCCUGGGUUCUCUCUCUGCUCUGGGAGGCAUGCAGGUUCUAAUGGUUAGUGUUGCGGGCCUAGGAGUUAAGACUCCUAGGUUCUGUCCCCAGCUCUAGGAAGGGGAUACGAUUGAAUGGUUUGGGGAGAGGAGAGAUCAGGCCUUCUGGGUUCUGUGCCCCUGCUGUCCCACCCUGUAAAUGAGGCCAAAAGGAAACCUAGGAAAGGGGUUGUAGGUUGUGAGCUGUUCUCCCGCAGUGAAGGGAUGGCUGUAUUCUCUGGCCUCCCUCAGAGGGGUGCUGUUAGGUGGGUUCUGCUCUUCCCCGCCCCACCAAAAUACCGUCUUUGUUAUCUCAGGGCACAUGAACACAGCUAGUGUUCACGGCUUCAUGCCGAAGCAACAUAUCUUUUUAAAUGAAAAAUGCAAAACUGAAAAGUAAGAGGCUAACAUCCACAUUGUGCAGGGGUGGGGGGAACAGGGGGACGGAGGUUCUUACGGGCCACAGCCUCCCACCAGGGUCCUGUUAGAUGGUAGCUCUAGGCUUUAAUAAAGCAGAGACAGAGCUCAUGUACGUGUGGUUCUUGGUCCCCCGGCCAUAGCUGGCUCUAGGACCUCCGUUUCCACUGGCAGAAGAGUUGCCUUGCUCAGUUGAAGGCUAGGCGUCUGUUGCAGAGAUGGUAGAAGAUGAUGCAAGACCUCUUGAGGAACAAGCAAGGAUGGUUCUGCUGCAUGCUUCCACCCUGGGAUCUACAGCACCAGUUGGGCAUGGAUCUUCAACUCCCCUCUGCCCCCAAUGGCCAUGAGUCUUCUCCACUGAUGUCACAUUUCCAGUACUGGAGGAUCUUCAAUGUUCUUCCACGCUUGUUGGCCGUGGAUUUUCUCCAAUGAUGUCCUACCCCUCCCUACCUGUCACCCCACUAAAAUUAAGAACUGGAUCGUUCUGUGCUCCUCAAGCCUUCCACUACCUCCCCCAUCCUCAACAUCUCUAAAAACACAUUCUUUCCUCUGUUGACCACCCACUCCUCCAAACAUGAGGAUUUGUCUGCAUUCAGAGUCACUCCAGUUAUGGAAACAAAUUGAGAGGAUGGCCCAGUGGCUAGAGUGUUACCCUAGGACGUGAGAGACCUGGGCCCAAGUCCCUAAUCUUCCACUCCCUCAGCUCAUACAUUUAGUCUGUGCCUCCAUUUCCCCAACUGUAAAAUUAGAUAAAUAGCAUUUUCCCUCCUCGCUGGGGUGUGUGAGGAUAAGCACAGAGAUUGCGAGGUGGUCUGAUGCUAGGGUGAUGGGGGCCAGAUAAGUAUCUUAGCUAGACAAACACACCAGUGCAGACCAUCUUAAUUCAAACUGAAGCCUAGUUUCUAGCUCUUUGUCUUAAACAGAUUCCUGGCCCCAAAUUUAAAUUUAGAUUAAGAGCAUCUACACUGAUUUAACUAGAUCUGGUUUUAAAGUCAGACAGGUUAAAAUUGGGCAGCUUUGCAGACAGAGAGCAGCCUGUUAUAAUCUGUGUGGCACUAGUCCUGUGGAGCCUUAGUCACUGAUCAAGCCCCACUGUGCCAGACUCUAUACAAACAAAACCAAGAGCAGGUCCCUACCCCACUAAUUUCAUUUUGGGCCCUUUGGGUUCUAACCCUAGCUCUGGAAGGGGAAUGGGGUUCAGGGGGUUAGAGCAGGGGAGCUGGAAGUAAAGACUCCUAGGUUCUGUCCUAAACUUACUGUGUGAUCAGAGUGCAAUUAAUUCCCUUUGCUGUGCCUCAGUUUACUGUGGGGGAAGGGGCAGUAGGGGAGUCAGCUCACCAAGAACACAAGACCUCUGCAUGAGAGAAACCUGGUAAGAGCAGAGAAAGGCACAGGACUGCCACUCCAAUUCUUGUGUGGUAUGACACCCCAACUGCUGCAUUGCCACAUAGUGUAGCUUGUGGGCUGCUGUGUGGUGAGCAGCCCUUGUUACAUAAUCAAGGUUUGUAGGGUGCCAAGAAGAUCCUAGGUCGUCAGCCCUGCUGAGGAGGGGGGGAGUUAGUGGCACUAGUGGUCAAGGUGGCAGUAGAGUGGCACAGAUCACCCCACACACCCAGGGGAUCCCCAUUCCCUCCAGCCGGGGGUAGUGCUGCCCACACCCCAGAGACAGAUUGACCCUGACAAUCUAUUCCCCUCCCCCAGCUGUGCCUCAGCCUCGUGAUCAUUUCAAAGCACUUUUUAUUAACACUUUUCAUAGCUGUUGCCUUCCCUUAAAAACAGAAAAAAAACAAAAAACAACAACAAAAAAAAGAUCCACAAACCCCAUUGGGUCCUGGCCUGGGGCUGAACAGCCCUGAGCCUUUGCCCUGGGGCAGAGCCACAGCGACCCCUGGUGGGAGGGGAUGGCAGCACCUGUGUCCCUCCCACCAUUUCAUGAAGAGGUUAAAAAGCUU